AUGGCACACACCACACCCGUGACCGAGAUCAUCGAAGAGGUCAUGAAGGAGGAUGGUUUCCAGCCGGAUCCAGCCCCCAUCCUGCCCAAAGCACUGCCCAAAGGCUCGGCCAACCUCAGCACCCUCUCACUGUCACCCAAGCUGCUGCCGCGG